AUGCUUUACGCGACUUUGAACACAUACGACACAUUGGCAGCUGCCGGCAUCGUCCCUAGCUAUGAUCAGACUUACGAGCUUGAGGCAAUUCAAGCGGCGCUAGCAUUGCCACACGAUGGCUUCCCAGUCACACUACGCUGUCACGGCUCCUAUCUGCAAGAGAUCUGGUACCACUAUUCUGUUCGGGGACCACUACGCCAUGCUGAGCCGUUUGACGAGUCCUCCGAGGUCACUCUCAGGUCCAACACCGACAUAUUCGUCCCGACUGGACCUGAUAUCUCGAAGUCGAAUUGUCCACGCACUGGGAUCCGCUACAUGCCGAAGGAUAGCCAACAGCCUACGCACACGACUUCCCCGCCGCACAAGCCUACCCAUUCUGCCAAUCCGACUAGCACCCCAGGUCGGCCGUUCUCCGGUCGUGGUCAUCUGAUUGUGCGACCAAUCUCCACUGCCCCAUCAGACUCUGGGCCCAAAGCUCCGGUGGAGCAGCAACCUCUAGCACUCGGGGCUAACCAAGACUUGCAAGCUCUCUCCGAAACGAAAGGCUGCCUCAUCCGUGGCGGCCUCUGGUACGCUUCCGGCGGCUGCGCAACUUACCUGGCCAAGACCGAUGCUCCCCAUUUCGAGGACCAGUCCUCAACCACCCCUGGAGAGCCAAAGCCACAUCUGUUCACCCUCUCCUCCCUGUACUUCCCAUGUGCUGUGGUGCAGGACACUGCAUUCAAAUGCGCGAAGGAUCUUGGCGUGCAGACGAUCUUCGAGGGCAUCAAUGUCACCACAUCGACGGAAGAUGGACGAGACGCCACCACACGUGAAGUGCUGGCCUGGCGAGGGCGGACGACCUUCUAUGCGGAUAGCAUACCAGGGAGGUUUGAGAAGGUCGAGAUCUUCGCCGACGAUGACGCUGGGAGGAGAGAAGUGCAGCUGGAAGUUGAGUGGGCGGAAAUUUGA